UUUUCAUGGUGGAGUAAUUCCCCUUUCUCUCCUCUCUACUGCAUAGAGCCCUUCCUACACAGAUACACACCACACACACAUGCGCACACCCCCCCAUGUCCGGCCCUCUCUCAUCCUGCCCCACCCACCACCAAUCAGGACCAACAGGGACGGGUGGGUUGUCCCAUCCACACCCCGCCCUCGGAGGGCUGGAGCCUCCUGCUGAGAGGUCCUGCCAGUCUGGCGCUAAGCGGGCUGCCUUCGCUGCUCAGCACUGUGGCCUCUGAUGCCCUGAGAUGCCCACACCCACUCUCUCUGCCCCUCUGCCCGUUUUCUGGCUCAAUACCUCUGCCGGUGGUGUGCUGAGCGUGGACGAUACUGCGCUGCCUGUUGAAUUCCCUGCCCUGAGGGUUGUGCUUGCCCUGGCCUAUGGGCUUGUAGGGGCCGUUGGAUUUAUGGGAAACUUGGCCGUGCUGUGGGUGCUGGGUAACUGUGCUCGGCGAGCCCCUUGCCCACCGUCUGACACUUUUGUCUUCAACCUGGCUCUGGCAGACCUGGGGCUGGCACUCACUCUCCCCUUCUGGGCGGCUGAGUCGGCACUGGGCUUCCACUGGCCCUUUGGAGGUGCCCUCUGCAAGAUGUUCCUGACGGCCACUGUCUUCAACAUCUACGCCAGCAUCUUCCUCAUCACGGCGCUGAGUGUUGCCCGAUACUGGGUGGUGGCCAUGGCUGCAGGACCAGGCACGCCGCUUCCCCUCUUCUGGGCCCGCACGGCCACCCUGGCAGUGUGGGUGGCAGCUGCCCUGUUGGCAGUGCCCACGGCAGUCUUUGGGGCAGAGGGGGAGGUGUGGGGCGUGCGUCUCUGCCUGCUGCGCUUCCCCAGCAGGUACUGGCUGGGGGCCUACCAGCUGCAGAGGGUGGUGCUGGCCUUCAUGGUGCCCCUGGGUAUCAUCACCACCAGCUACCUGCUGCUGCUGGCCUUCCUGCGGCGGCGGCGGCGAAGAAGGCGGCAGGAUAGCAGGGUCGUAGCCCGCUCCGUCUGCAUCCUGGUGGCCUCCUUCUUCCUCUGCUGGUUCCCCAACCACAUAAUCACUCUCUGGAGUGUCCUGGUGAAUUUUGACCUGGUUCCCUGGGACAGCACUUUCUCCGCCGUCCAUACCCACGUCUCCCCUGUCACCAUCUGCUUGGCACACAGCAACAGCUGCCUCAACCCCGUGCUGUACUGUCUCCUGCGGCAGGAGUCCCGGCAGGCCCUGGCAGGCACCUUCAGGGAUCUCCGAGCGCGACUGUGGCCCCAGAACCGGGGUGAAGCAGGGGGCCUUAGAGGAGGUAGGCAGGCGGUGAGUGGAGAGCACCCCCAGGAGAGUGGCCCUUCUACCAUGCUCACCAACGUGGACAAAGGAACACCUGGGUGAAGGUACAAACUACGCACCCUCUUUCUGGGGUCUGCCAGGGGCAGGAUCCCCGCGUCCUAGGGAGGGCGGGCCUGUCUGCCAGGCCGACAUGCCCUCGGGGAAAGUCUUAUCUUCAAUUAUUCUGGGUGUGGUGGCAUGCAGCGGGCCCAGGCCCAGGUCAGGGCUGGUAGGACAAAGCUUAUGCCUCCAUUUGGAGGUGGGAAAGAAGAGGAUCUAAAAAUAAACAUCUGGACCAUCCAGAAAUGAUCUUGACUCUUUAUCCCAAUUCCACCUUCAGUUCAGUGUGGACAAAAGCAUUAUUUGUCCCACCUCUGCCUUCUGUGAGAAUUCCCAGGGAAAUUUCCCUAA